AGCCUUCUGGGCUCGAAUCCCGGUGCAGGCCGGUCCCUGGCCGCCUCGGCGAGACCAGCCAAAAGGUUUUCGUUAUCGUAUGGCCGCGCGGUUUACUUGAUCCCGCCGUGCCGUGGUAACCGUUCACUUCCCAUUGGGAAGGAGGAAUCGGCCAGGCCCGCACGCCGAUGUCCGAUGAAUCACUGCUCGAGGGGCUGGGCUCCGUCGGCAUGACCGUCGCCGUGGCGGGGGCUGCAGCCGUAGUCUUGCCGCUUUCGCUCUUCCUAUGCGUGCGGCAGCGGUACAGGUUGCACAUUAGCCGUGCCGCCAACGUCAAGCUUUUCCUCGAUCGCCUCGAGGUAAUCCAGGGCGAGCUGCUCGCCGAGAGGCAGGAGGAGGGCGUCAGAUUCAACAAGGACUACGGUCCGUGCAACGACAGUGGCAGCGUCAGGACAGGCGGAGGCUCUCGCACUCCUGGGAGCGGCAGCAUUGGCAGUUCCAGUAGCAGAAAGAAACAUGUGGGUGGGUUCGGUAGCAUACUGAGUUCCGGUUCUGCUCGCUCCGAUGCGCUCGACCUGAGGGAGAAUGUGUGGCGUUGGACGGUCGACCCUGAGGGCCAAUUGAGCACAACCGACGAAUGCUUGUGCUCUGCUGUGAAGGUGCUGGUCUGCUUGGGCUUGAAACCUCAAGCUCCGAAACAAUCGUCACAUUUCAAUUUCAUGUCCCAUCCCAGAUUGCGCUCAUCCAGGAGUUCGCUCAAUGCAGACUCCUCACCCUCCGUUGGGAGCACGAGAAGCGACAGGGAGCACUGCGAGAGGGUCGUGUCCAAGACGCUGCUCAGGCUAUGCAAGACUGGCAUGUUCGAUGUGACAGAUAUACGGUGUUGCGCUGUGGCCGACAAUUUUCAUCUGUCUGGGUUUAUCAGGAGUGAUAUGCCCGUAUUGGAGAUCGGCCGCAGCGACCAUCCGACCGUCGCCGACAUACUUCCGGUCAUGUGCGACGCGGCCGACUACUGCAUCCUGGUUGUCGACGAUGCCGACUCGUUGUCGGGGCUCAUCGGCGGCACCGUUUCGGGAGACGUUUCCCGCAGGUCACCGGCACAAGGUGGCGGGCGUAUCGAGGAUUACACGGCGGAUUUGUUUCUUUGGCAUGCGUCAUCAAACAGGCCGUUCGGACCUGCGGUUUAUCUAGCUGGCCUUGCAGCAUUGUCACUCAAGUCAGAGAGGCAGUCGUAUGUGCAGAUCGGAGUAGACGAUGACGGCGACAUCCCGGGAAGCUGGGGUACAGACAUCGGACGAAGCAUUCCUGGAACGUGCAGCGACAUCUUGUUCGAGAGUUUAGUGCCCUACAACCAGCGAUUCGAUAAGAACCCUGCAACGUUACAGUUGGACUCCGAGGUCGCUGGCGUCGAGCUGCACGGGGGCCUCCUAUGCUUAUGGGCACUUAACGUGAGCCACGGAUCCUUCGGCUUCGUCCGCGACUCGGCGCCAGUCAUGGUGGAGAUGGGGUACUUGAGGAGGAGCACUUGGUGGUCUUGCCUGGCGUGCAGGCGGCGAGCUGGGUUCACUGUGUCCCUAAGCGACGAUAUCCUGCAGUUUUUCCAUUCAUUCCGGCAGCGCGAACCGAUCAGUUCUCACAGACAGUUGAGAAAAUCUAGGAAGAGAAGUGCUUUGAUGUUAUCCUCCUCAUCCUCACGUUUCUCUGAUAGCGAGUCGUCGUCGAUGACGACACGCCUCGGGACGACGGCCCGCGCGAAGCUCCUGCACAGCUUGCAGGUCUGCCUGACGCGAAGGGCAAUGAUAUCGCGGUACUUGCGCAUCUAUGGGAGAACUAAGGAUACUAAUUGCGAGUGGGUGCCGGUCGUUUCGGUGUGCGAUUCCAGUUCGCGCUUCACCGUGCCGUCCAGCCAUCCUGUGGCCUUUCAGUUACAUUGCGUCGCAAAGGACGUCGACUUGUUACUCGACAUGGGCGCGAGCGCCAUCCUGGCUCAAGUCCAGCAGUACAUGACGCUCGAGGAGCUCGCAGAUCGCAUCCAAGGCUUUUUGGUUUCUUAUUUGCGCAGGGUGAAUGGAUCUGGUGACAAAAACCUUGCCCACAGGGAGCAGCUCGCGGCCUUCGAGUUGUACACGGCCGCAGCAGAGGGGCAGGGCUAUCCAACCUCGUCGGCGUGGUCAGCGACUUCCUCUGCCACAAGGCCGAGAUGCGCGGCUACCAGCGGGUGACGAACUUUGUGCAAGGGCUCCCUCGAGGGCGCGAAGUUAUUCGCGCUUCGCGCUUCGCGGUCCUCGUUCCUUCUCCCCCUCCUCCUCGUCCUCCUAUUCUCCCUUUGGGAGGGCGGCGCGAGAGCGCGAAGUUAUUCGCGCUUCGCGCAGCGCGAAGCGCGAAGUUGGGAGCCCUAGUUUGUGGGCCCCGGAAACGGCAGGGCCCCAUGGGGCUCCAAAGUGGAGCGCAAAGCUGGGGACACUCUGGGCCAGGGGCAUCUUCAGCAACCCCCGGCACGCCACGAAAGAAUGCAUACGCAGACGCCCUCCGACGAAUUCUGCAUGUGCCUCAGUGUCUAGAGCCGCUGGCUCCCCGUGGUGAUUCACUCACCGCCGCCCUCCCCUUGUGUGGGCCCCGGAAACGGCAGGGCGCCGUUUUUUGUCACCGUUUCCGAAGAAGUGCCCCUUGAGAUAAUGGCAACGGCAAGAAAACGG